GGUGAAAGGUCAGAGGGCUGCGAAAGGGGCGGAGCGAGCCGGAGGCGGAUGGCGGCUGCAGCAGCUCAUCCUUGGCGGCAGCGGUGUUGAAGUUGGGACGGGUCGGACGCAUCGGGUGGUAGGAGGAGAGCCGCGGCCGCUCCCAACAUGCACAGCCUGGCGACGGCUGCGCCUGUGCCUACUGCACUGGCCCAGGUGGAUAGAGAAAAGAUAUAUCAGUGGAUCAACGAGCUGUCCAGUCCUGAGACAAGGGAAAAUGCUUUGCUGGAGCUAAGUAAGAAGCGGGAAUCUGUUCCUGACCUUGCACCCAUGCUGUGGCAUUCAUUUGGUACUAUUGCAGCACUUUUACAGGAAAUUGUAAAUAUUUAUCCAUCUAUCAAUCCACCCACCUUGACAGCACACCAGUCUAACAGAGUUUGCAAUGCUCUGGCAUUACUGCAGUGUGUGGCAUCACAUCCAGAAACCAGGUCAGCAUUUCUUGCAGCACACAUCCCACUUUUUUUGUACCCUUUUUUGCACACUGUCAGUAAAACGCGUCCCUUUGAGUAUCUUCGGCUAACGAGUCUUGGAGUUAUUGGGGCCCUGGUGAAAACAGAUGAACAGGAAGUAAUCAACUUUUUAUUGACAACAGAAAUUAUCCCUUUGUGUUUGCGCAUUAUGGAAUCUGGCAGUGAACUUUCUAAAACGGUUGCCACGUUCAUCCUUCAGAAGAUCCUCUUAGAUGACACUGGUUUGGCUUAUAUAUGUCAGACAUAUGAGCGUUUCUCUCACGUUGCCAUGAUCUUGGGUAAGAUGGUCCUGCAGCUAUCCAAAGAGCCUUCCGCCCGUCUGCUGAAGCAUGUAGUAAGAUGUUACCUCCGACUCUCAGAUAAUCCCAGGGCACGUGAAGCACUCAGGCAGUGCCUCCCUGACCAGCUGAAGGACACGACCUUCGCCCAGGUGCUAAAAGAUGACACCACCACGAAACGCUGGCUUGCACAACUGGUGAAGAACCUGCAAGAGGGCCAGGUCACCGAUCCCCGGGGUAUCCCCCUGCCCCCUCAGUGAUCCUCCCCUGUCCCCUCCCACUAGUCCCCCAAGCUGGGGAAGGGAGGGGGAUCCUGCAAGGAAAACAGCUCAGGUUUUAUCACCAACCGGGAAUAGACAACCUCAAUGCUGAACUGCACUGGAGAAAAGGGGCAAGGUACCCCCGCUGAGGUGUGUAAGCUGCCAUCUCAGGCUGCCUUGAGGACCUGGGCUCCCUCUGCUACUCCCAGGAAAUGGCUCCUGACACAGCGGUCUGCCACCACAGCCCAGGAGGAUGUCAACACCAGCAAAUGCUGUAUUUGCAGCAUGCCUAAGAUGACCCUUCCCCCUCACCUCUCCCCAGCCGCUGGCAGGAGGGAAGACUGGUGACAGCAGCACUCUAGGCAUGGUGAACGCCUGGGACCAAGCCAUGUGGCGUUUUCCUAUUUUGCCUUCCUGGAAGACUCAAGAUGUGUCUCUUCAUUCUCUCUCUCAGUAUUUGUUUACUUUGGUUUUUUGUUUUUAAUCUCAGAGAGAGGUGUGUUUAGUGGACACAGGCUGUAAUAUUCAGCAAAACUUUGUCAACUGGCACUGUUUACAAGUCUGUUAGCUGCAUAAGCUCAAUAAAAAGUUGGUCUGGGCAUUACAUCCCCUCUAGCAGGCCAAUAGCUACAUGAGCUGUUGGGAGGAAUGGGAGGCAGGGGAAGGAUAUAAAGCCAAAGGACAGCAGGAAGCCACCACCAAUUUCCCUGCCUUUCCCAUUCUACCCCCAGUUCUGGAUGCCACAAGGACCUUAACCUUGUUUCUAGCUUUAGCUGCUAGCUUUUCCAAAUCUCAGUGCUUUUCCGUCUUCACUUCCCGCCUAUUAAACUUACAAUAGAGGUCUUAAUUCAUCAGGCUGUCCUGGAAGGGUAUUGUAUUGGAGGGGAAAUGACAGUGGACCUCAUCUUUAAGUCCUCAAGGAUAUUUUCUGGGUGACUUUUAAAAGGGAGGUGCCUGAGAUUAAAAUGACAGGCUACUUGAUCCCAUUCUUUGCUUUAGUGUGAAUUGCUGCAGCUCCAUCUGUCUUCAUGAUUGUACUUGAAGCAGUAUUAGAUGAAUGGGUUAAUUUUAUUCAGAUUUAAGAUAGAAGGCUGGACUCUGCUCAUUCACUCAGUCUUUUUCCCUUUUUUUUUUUUUUUUUUUUUUUUUGGGAUGCAUUCCCUUUUGGUCUAUGGGAAUUACAGGGUUGCCACUAAACUAUUUUCCACUUCUUCAUAUUGUGUCAGAGAAUCCCCCUUCCUUCUCUGGAGCUUUAGAUGACUCUGUCACAAUUCAGAGGCUUUAAUCUGUAACUCAGUGUAAACUGCCUUGCUUUCCCCUAAUUCUUCCCUCUGCCAUCAUCUGCUCUCUCUCUCUAAACCCCAUCUCCAACCAAAGAUGGGAUUAUUAGCCCAAGUAGAGAGAAACCAAGUAUUUCUGUCCAUAUCUCAUGUACAAUUGAAAGUGUCUCUGAACACGUUUGGGGUCUAUAAGGGGCAGUCUCAGAGAAACUUGCAGAGUCAGUUUUGCCAACCCAAGGGCUCUUUCAAGCCGACUUUCACAAAGGGAGCUGGCCUUGUUAGUUGACUUCUGUCUCUUGAGAGCCAAAAAGUAGUAAUUAAGUAGCCUAGAUGUAGGAAAGGUAGAAUAAGCACUUACUCCCCUGCUUUCCAAAAUGAAGAGGAAAACCAGACCAGCUCUCAGUAAUCUCAAGCCUGAAGAGAAGAGGUCUUGGAGAAAGCAGAGAACAGCAUGGACUGGAUAAACGUCUUGACUCUCUUCAACCCAUAGUUUAUGAUCUGGAGAGUCCAGGGACGGUAACCCUGAUUUUUGCCAACCACCUUCCUGCUGAGCCAAAGUUUUCUCAUUCCCUCUCCACUGGGAAAGCAGCUGAGGCCCAGGGCCUUGCUCCCUGAGAAAUUCUCUUCUCCAUCUUUUGGUGUAUUGGCCAUGUUCCUGUGCCAAUAGUGUCUUAAUUCUUGUUCCAUCUAUUCUCAGCUGGCCUUGACCCCACAUAGGAGUUGGGGGGAGGAGUGGAAAUGGAUAUUGUUCCUUGUAGUUGGUCCUAAUGUCUUGUGUGUAUAAAGAGACCCCUUCCCCUCAUUUUGUGUUUUCCAUCCCUCUCCCUCAACAGGAUUAAAAUAAAACAUGCUUCUGUUUUUAUAGCAA